AUGCAGCGCCUGGCGCCUCACUGUCAGGGUGAAGGCGCUGACGGGCUGCCUGCAGCUAAUGAAGUGUGUGUCACCAGCUCCCCAGAAGGAGCUGCAUGGUUGACUUCAAGGUUCACACCCAAGCGGCUCAGGAUUAUUCAAGGUAGUCCCAGCCUUUUGGAGGCUGCGUUACAGGCAGAAGGAUUGCUAGCUCCAGCACAGCGAGACAGGCUCAACAUACAACAGAAAAGUUUGCCGGUAUGGGAAAAGGUGUGGUAUCAGGUGGAACAGCCAGGCCAGGCCGGGUCUCUCGCGGGCCUCACCUCGUUGGGCGGGAGGGGCGCUAGGGGCAGCUGGACUCCAGCUUCAGGCGCGGGUGGGGCCCCGAGCCGAGGUGCCCAGACUGGCGUGGGUUGCCCGGCGUUGGAGGCCGGCCCGGCCGGUUGGGGGCUGCAGGUAGGAGUCACAGCGCCCGCCUCUGCGCAGGGGAGCCGGGCCGGGGUGCGGACCAGCGGAGCACGCCGUCGGGGCCGGUUCCGGGGGGCGCGGCGGGCCCCCUCGGCCCUGCGGGAACCCUUCCCCGGUUCAUCGCAGAGGGGCCCGCGAGGCCUCGCCGCUGAUGCGCGGCUGCCGGAGCCCCAGCACGGCCGCCGUUCACUCCCUUGGCGGCUAACGCUUCCCGCCGCACUUCAAAGGCUCCAAGAAGGGCGCAGAGGGCCCGAAGGUGCGCGUCUCCUCAGCGUGCCCUCUGGGGCUGGAGAGAACUGCGGGGAGAAGAAGCGGCGUCGGGCGCGGGACGAGCGCUAUCGAGGGGCUGCGACUGCGACACCUCCAAGGAAAGCGCCCCCAAGCUGCAGGCUGGGCUCGCAGGCGCGGAGAGGGCAAGCCGAGAGCUGCGGCUGCAGACAACGUGGUUGGUACCUCAGGGACGCCGAGGACAGCGCGACCACCGAGUAACUCCCCGGCCAGAUCCCGCGCAGUUAAAAAAGGCUCUGAUGGUGCAUCUCAUGUGGACUCCACUGCAACCUGCUCCUGGGACUGGGAUCUCAUAUACUCACAAGAGGCAGCUGGUGACAGGCAGUCCUGGAGAAGCAGCCAGCCCUUGAACCUGGAGUACCAGCCACUGCAGAAGCUGAGAAAGCAUGAUCCGUGCACCAGCCUGGAGUUCAGGGCCAGCCUGGGCAACACGGUGAAGUCUCAUCUUCAUAAAGAAAAAACAUGCUGUUUUACUUUUAUUUUUUUAAAUAAAAGAUGUGUGCUGCCACACAAGUCUCUGCCUUGGGGGAGGGUAUGGCAGGUUGCACUCCUGAGGUUAUUACAAGGUCCUUCAUAAUUAGAGCUUUA